UACCAUCGCUCUUUUCAUCUGUCUUCUCUCGGGUUCCAUGAGAUAGCGAUAGUGCUCCCGUCCUCGCUGGGUUUCAACUCCGCCCACACCCGUCUCGCCAUCAUGUUCACAUCUACGCAGUCACGAUGGCGGACAGCCGUGCUCGGCGGCUUGCUCGCAACGCUCACGUGGCUGCCCUUCUGCGCUGCUCAGCAGCAGAAGAAGACUCAAGCCGACUACUACAUACACGAUCUGCCGGGCGCACCCAAACCGCUACUGAAGAUGCACGCAGGACAUAUUGAAGUCGACGCGCCGUCCAACGGAAAUUUGUUCUUCUGGCACUACCAGAACCGACACAUAGCGGAUCGACAGCGGACCGUCAUAUGGAUAAACGGUGGGCCUGGCUGCAGCAGUAUGGAUGGCGCAUUGAUGGAGAUUGGCCCAUACCGAGUGAGAGAAGGAGGCAACUUGGUGUACAACAAUGGCUCGUGGGAUGAAUUUGCCAACCUGCUCUUCGUGGAUCAGCCAGUGGGGACCGGCUUCAGUUACGUGAGCACCGACAGCUACCUCACUGAACUCGAUCAAAUGGCAGAUCAUUUCCUCAUCUUCCUAGAGAAGUGGUUUGAGCUUUUCCCCGAGUAUGAAAACGAUGAUUUGUACAUUGCUGGAGAGUCGUAUGCUGGUCAACACAUUCCAUAUAUUGCUCGGGCCAUCCUCAACCGUAAUCGCAACAAGCAAGCCCAGAAACCGUGGACGCUGAAGGGACUUCUCAUUGGCAAUGGCUGGAUCUCGCCUGUUGAUCAAUACCUCAGCUACCUUCCUUACGCGUACAAAAUGGGACUUGUACAGGGCGAUACACCUUCUGCAAAACGCAUCCAGUCUUUGCAAAGCAGGUGCGUUGAUCUUCUCAAUGAGGGAGGGAAAGACAAUGUCGACACUCCAGAAUGCGAAGCUAUCAUGACUACAAUCCUCGAUGAGACCAAAGACAGGACCGCGAAGAGCAACCAGCAGUGUCUCAACAUGUACGAUAUCCGCCUGCGCGACGACAGCUCCUGUGGCAUGAACUGGCCCCCGGACCUCUCGCAAGUCACUCCGUACCUACGCAGUCCGGAUGUUGUCGCGGCACUCCACAUUAACCCGGACAAGAAGACUGGCUGGCAGGAGUGCAACGGUGCAGUCUCUGGACAUUUCCGCGCCAAAAAGAGCGCUCCAUCGAUCACAUUUCUCCCAGAGCUGCUAUCUCAAGUCGAAAUCGUACUGUUCUCUGGAGACCAAGAUCUGAUCUGCAAUCAUCUGGGUACCGAAUCUAUGAUUGACAGUAUGGAGUGGAACGGCGGCAAGGGUUUUCAGCUCUCACCAAACGUAUAUGCUCCACGCCAUGACUGGACUUUCGAGGGGGAACCGGCGGGCACGUAUCAGCAAGCCCGAAACUUGACAUAUGUUGUCUUCUACAACUCGAGUCACAUGGUGCCUUUCGAUUUUCCCAGGCGCACGCGGGAUAUGCUUGACCGAUUUAUGAAUGUCGACAUCAGUGCCAUUGGUGGCGAUCCGUCUGAUAGCCGCAUCGAUGGUGAGAAGGGCCCACUAAUCAGUGUGGGUGAUCAUCCCAAUUCGACCAAAGCUGAGGAGGACAAGACCAAGUCAUUAAAGGAAGCCGAAUGGAAAGCCUACUACCGUUCCGGAGAAGUCGCGCUUGUCAUUGUGGUUAUUAUCGCUGGUUUGUGGGGAUACUUUGUAUGGCGUGACCGCCGCCGUCGAGCUAAAGCAGGUUACAGCGGUGUGGAAGGCGACGAAGGCCGUGAGUCUUUGAUCAUGGGCAUGGGCUUGGACAAUUUCCGCCGACGAACUGAGCACCGCGAUGUUGAAGCCGCAGAUUUCGACGAACGAGAGCUCGCCGACCUAGAUGGCGGAUCGAGAACGACCCCAGGCGGCGCUGGAGCGAGUCGCGAGAAAAAUAGUGUGCCUCAGAAUGAUAGCACGUUCAGUCUGGGGGGUGCAAGUAGUGACGGUGAAGGCAGCGGCAGCGAAAGAGAACGGUUAACUGCCGCAGAAAAAUCCUGAGAUGGGCGUUGGACUGUUCUGUCGGUUAUGCGUUGAUUCUUGGGCGCUCGAAUCGAUUGAGUAUAUAACAGCAGUGCCUGGUCAACCAUGAAAUUGGGCGAAAACGUAUCACGCAAAGUUUUUCAAGACUUGGUAUAGCAUUUUGGCGGCGUUAUGUAAUAUUUACGUAGUUCUAUUGCAAUUCAUAUCGGGCUCAUUUUUUGAACUAUGCACCUUCACUUACACCUGCUGCUCUUUCGAGAUACAUGCAGGCUUGGACCGACGGUACGAUACCCCCCAAUCUGUUGGCUCCUUUCAUCCGGUCAACCUACAAACAACAAUCAGCUUGUUACUUAACUUAGCAAGCAGCUU